AUGCCACUCGCCAUGCUAGGACCGGGGACUAAUGGGCAUGACACAUUGCCUGCCAAACUUGCCCACCGGCGCACACCCACCGCCGAGGAUUUUCCUUUACCCACCAAGCAACCCUAUGUGGUGACGAAACGCGAUCAAGGCCUCGUCUCGCCCGCCAAAUCAUCCUUCACCUUCUCGGACGAAGAACAUUUGCCACACGUCUUUAGCUCACUGCCAUCAAUGGAUGACAGCCCCACGGUAAGAGUGGUGGAGCGAGGCACGCCUGGAGACCUCUCCACCGCUUCAAGCGUUGAAAAUACACCCCAGCACAGAGAGCUCAGCAGACAACGAAGUCAGUAUUACGCUGAAACAUUUGCGAAUCGUGAGCCAUUGGUCAACCCACGAGAUCGAGUACACAAAGAUUCAAUCAUCAUGGCCGACAUCAAGACCAACGUCAUUGUCAGAGACGAAUUCCUCCUCCUCAAUGAACUCUCCCAACACCUUUCUCAACGCUUUCAACGCCCAACAUCCUCAAUAUUCAUAACACUCGACCACUCCGCCUGCCUCCUCUUUGCCAGCUCCUUUGACUCCGCUUACAUCCUGACCAUCACCGCCCUCCCCUCUCAAAUCAUGCCCUCAACAAACAAACGCAACGCCGCCCUCAUGCAAUCCUUCAUGACCUCCGCCCUCGGCGUUCUGCCCGAUCGAGGAGUGGUGAAAUUCAUCGGCCUUGAAGACGAUUACAUCGCCACUGGCGGCCUUACCGUGACCGGGCAAAUAGAAAGACUACAGCGCACACAGAACAAUGACAGCAAGAUAUCUUUAUUGCCAGCGGAGCCGGUGCCGAGGAAACCGAGCAGGCGAGCAACGCAGAAGAAGCCACCAGCAUUAUCAUUGGUGCCGAAGAGCCAGAGCAUGCCGGGGAGUAGAAUGCCCAGUCCUACGAUGUCUACUGUCUCGACGAUGAAUGGCCAAUCAUACAACUCGGCACCCAGGUGCCCGGCAUUACCUGCAAUGCCAAUUGAGCCAAGUGCGCUGGACAAGAAAGCUAUGAAGAUGCAGCGGGUGGGGAAGAGAAAGAGCUUCAUGGCUAUGUUCGGGCGGUGA